AUGGAAGUUUCGUUAUCUUCUCAAGUUGAGAAGAUCGGACUUCAAGAAGUAUUUAGAAGAACAUUUCGUAUUGAUAAACCUGCAGUAGUUGCUGAAUUACCAAAUAACGAAUUCAUCAUUUGUUCACUUGGUAGCGCUGUUUUUGUUAGUCAGCGCGGAAGCAUGAAAACAAUACCUCUUAGUUUGUACACAUGCAAAUAUAUACCAGAACAUGAUCUAGUUAUUGGCAUUACCAAUGGCGUUCCUCAAAUUAUCUUUUUUCAAGGCUCACCUGACUUCAAGCCACUCACAGAACCUAUAAGAGUACAUUCACCAUACAUAAAUCAGAUCGAAUAUCAUGAAAGAAUACUAGUUGUCGCUGGUUCCGGUUUUGACAUCUUUUCUGUUGAUUUAAAACGACUAUACUUUGAUCCAUCUCAUCCUAUAGUUACUUUAAAACAGCUAGUUUAUGUCAAAGAUAAUAUAUACGGUUCACUUUUCGAUAAAUUGUAUAUUGACUUUUAUAGAAAGAGAAUUUUAGUUCCUCUCGGAUACGGAUACUCACUGUACUCGUUUUCUGGCGAAAUUAUUAAGAAAAACGAAUCACUUUUCCCCUCAAAAAUCAGAACAUCAGCUUAUUUUCCAUUUACAGGAGAAAUCACCGCUUCGGAAGUCGGAAGUGCAAAAAACAUCUUCAAAAAGUUUAUAAUUACAGACUAUCUUGGAAAUAUCCGAGCGUGGGAUUAUCUUGAGAAAAAGAUUUUUGAAUACGCACUUGGGAACAAAGUAGUGAUGUUCUCUGAGUUUAUAGAUAAGAAGAAUCUUAUUCUAAUUACAGAAAAUUUCGAAGUUUUUAUAUUUAAUUUGAAAAUGCAAGUUUUGACGAAGUUAUUAGAUUCUCAAGGUCAAAUUCUCGGAAUAUCGAUAUACAAAAACCCUUUACGACUAUGUUUACUCUAUUUAAGCAACGUUCAAAUUUAUAAUAUUUAUAAUCCUUUGGAAUACUAUGCAAGCAGCCUCGAACCUCAAGUUCGGAUCAUGCUUACACAAAACGACCUGUUUUGCACUCGUAGUUCAAACGGAGUCCUCACAUUUUAUCCAAAAACAAAAGAAGUGCCACAAAACAUCAUUUCUCGCAGCAGCACGAAAGUUAGAGACAUUGUUUAUGACACUGACAGGAGAAUUUUCUUUAUUUUUGAAAAUAAUGUUUGUGAAAUUUUUGAUAAAACACAGUCCUUGACAGAUCCAGCAAGAAGACUUAAUUUUGAAUGCUCAUACAUGUCAAUUAGUCCGAGCCACACCCACAUUUAUAUUCUUUCUCCAUACAACGAAGUGAUUUUGCUGGAUUACUUAAAUCUAUCUAUAAUUAAGAAGCUCAGAAUAGACAAUGAUACAUACAUAGGUAUAAAAUCAUCAUUGACAGAGAUAUUAGUGUUCACAAGAAAUAGUAUUAUCACAAUAAAUAACCAAACUUUGACAAUCAAGAAGAAUCCAAUUGAUGAAGUCGUACAAAUAACAAAUGAUAAAGAACUGAUUGGAAUUUUGUACAAAAAUAACGUUUUUACUGUUUUUAACGCGAAUUCUUGGCAAAUUAUUUCCACGUUCAGAAGUACUAGUCCUGUCAAAUCUAUUAGCAUGCUGAAUGGAUUCUUCACUCUGAUUUUAGAAGAAAAUCAAAUAAUUAUUGGUAGAUACGGCAGAUUUGCACAACAGUUCUCAUUCCAGUUCGAAAUUUAUUCUGCUGCAGUUGUUGAAGACCAAAAGUUAUAUAUUUGCGGUCCUAGCUUCAUUGCGUACAUAGAUCUAAAGAUUUAUUACCCAUUUUUGCUUGAGCAGAAGGACGAAAAGCCGAUUGUUGGAAAGCCUUUCUUCGAAAUAGUGAAGCCUCCGCCAAUUCAGAUCCCAACUCCUCAGACUUCAGAAAAGAAUUUGGAAACUUCUCCAAUAAAAGAGCCACCGAAGACAGCAAGAAGGAGUGGAAGAUUUAGAGUGCAUGAGCCAGCUGGUGGCAACUCGAACACCCCAAGAAGAAGCAUUGUUACGAUCAGUUUGAGAUCGAUGCUCGAUGAAAUGAGGGCAAAGUCAGAACCUGUGUUUCAUGAGCAGGAUAUUGAGCCUGCUCAACUCCCACUUUUGUAUCCAAAAUAA